UCCCGCCCGCUUGCGAUGGCUGUGACGGCGCGAUGCUGCUACAGCGUCAAGGAUACUGUGCCUUUUUCUUUGUAUUUGCUGAUUUUUGUACUCAGUGGCCUUACAAAUGCACAAAUACGGUACACCAUUCCCGAGGAGCUGGAGAGCGGGGCUGUGGUCGGUGACAUUGCCCUGGAUUUAGGUCUGGACUUGCGAAAGCUCUCGAGCCGACGCAUCAGAAUCACGUCGGACAGCGGACGGAGGUAUUUCACUAUAAAUCACAAGACCGGGAAGCUGCUGGUGAGUGACCGCAUCGACCGAGAGGCGCUUUGUGAAUUCAGCGGCACCUGCUCUCGCAACCUGGAGGUGGUGGUUGAAAGUCCGCUGGAGGUGCACAACGUGGAGGUGGAGAUUCUGGAUGUCAAUGACAACGCGCCACAGUUCCCUCGAGAUGAAUACCAGCUGGAGGUCUUGGAGUCCUCGCCCACUGGGUCCCGUUUCCCCAUUGAGGGUGCGCAGGAUGUAGAUGAUGGCUCCAACUCAGUAAAGCAGUACCGCCUGAGUCCGAACGAUCAUCUCGCGCUUGAUUCCAUUAAACCCUUUUCCAAUAACAAGCACAUUGAGCUCGUUCUCAAAAAGCCUUUCGACCGGGAGCAGACGCCCUCCCAUCAACUCCUUCUUACUGCUGUAGAUGGAGGCACCCCGCAGCGCACUGGCACGGCCAAAAUCAACGUGCGCGUCUUGGACUCAAAUGACAACGUGCCUGCUUUUGACAACUCCGUGUACAAAGUGAAACUGUCGGAGAACUCGCCAAAGGGUGCACUGGUGAUCAAGUUGAACGCGACAGACCCCGACGAGGGUUCAAAUGGAGAGGUUUUUUAUUCUUUCAGCAGCUAUACGCCCGAGAGGGUCAGACAGAUGUUUUCUAUGGACACAGACACGGGGGAAAUAAGGGUGAAAAACAACAUAGACUAUGAGGAGACAAACUCUUACGAAAUGUACAUCCAGGCAAUGGACAGAGGGCCGUCUCCAGUGGCAGUGCACUGCAAAGUUGUGGUGGAGGUUUUAGAUGUGAAUGACAACAUUCCCGAGAUCGUGCUGUCUUCACUUUCCAGCCCUGUACGGGAAGAUGCCCGGGCUGACACGGUUGUGGCACUGAUCAGUGUAAAUGACCGUGACUCUGGACCUAACAAACAGGUCACCCUGGAGAUUAUGCCUCACCUGCCUUUUAAGAUAAAGUCCUUCAGGAAUCAUUACACAAUUGUCACCUCUGCCUUUCUGGAUAGGGAGACCAUCUCCUCCUACAACGUCACAGUCAGUGCUAUAGAUGGAGGAACUCCGGCCUUGUCCUCUCACAUGACCUUCAAAGUGGACGUGGCAGAUGUGAAUGACAACCCACCUCGCUUCGAGCAGACAUCUUACACUGUGUAUGUCACAGAGAACAAUGCACCAGGAGCCUCCCUGUGUGUAGUAAAGGCAACAGAUGCGGACACAGGAGAGAACGCACGCAUCACAUACACUGUCCUCAAUGACAACAACCAUGGCAUACCUGUAGCCAGCUAUGUCAGCAUCAAGCCAGAUACAGGUGAGGCCUAUGCCCUCCGAUCCUUUGACUUUGAGAAGCUGAGAGAGUUCCACUUCCAGGUCAAAGCCCAAGACAAUGGGGUGCCUCCCCUCAGCCGCGUGGCCACUGUGUAUGUUUACAUUAUGGACCAGAAUGACCAUGCACCCAGGAUAGUCCACCCGCCAGCCAAUGGAACACGUAUCACAGAGACGCUGAUGAAAAAUGCUGAGGCAGGGGUGCUUGUGACCAAGGUGUUGGCAUGGGACGGUGAUGCAGGGCAAAAUGCUUGGCUACUGUAUUCCAUGGCACUGACCAACGCAGACCUCGACUUGUUCAAGGUGCAUGAACACACGGGCGAAAUCCGUACCACGCGGCGUGUCACAGAGGAAAACUCCACCUCUUUCCUACUGACUGUGGUGGUAAGCGACCGUGGACUGCCUCCGCUCUCCUCCAGUGCUGCCGUUCAUGUCCAUGUGAUGGAGCUGCCCCCGAAGCUGGCCCCUGACCCUAAGCGCAUCAUCAGGCCCCACAGUCCCCUAAUGUUCUCCAAUGUCACCCUCUACCUCAUCAUUGCCCUGAGUGCCACAACCUUCGUCUUCCUGGUCACCAUAUUUGUGCUGGCCAUUGUGCGUUGCCAUGCCUACUGCACACAGCCCGGCUCCUGCUCCCCGUGCUGCGUAUCCAAGAAGAGUGUUCCGGAAGGCGGCACCUCGGCAGGUGGAGGUGGUGGUGGGGGAGGAGGGGGAGGUGGAGGUGGAGGUGGAGGUGGAGGUGGAGGACAACCCGGUAACAAUGUGGCACUGCGCCGUGACCUCAAAGUGGAGCCACACUAUAUUGAGGUGCGGGGUAACGGCUCCUUGACCAAAACGUACUGUUACAAGACGUGUCUGACAGCUACAUCAGGAAGCGACACCUUUAUGUUCUACAACACAGGCCGGCCCCAUAGCGGCACUUGGGGUUCAGGAUAUGUCACCAGCCAGAGUGGACAAAGCCACAUGUUUGUACGGCGGCUCAGUAUGCCAGACGCCACCGCCAUCCAGCCCAAGGCACCUAAUGCAGACUGGCGAUAUUCGGCCUCCCUGAGAGCAGGAGGAGUAAUGCAAAGCUCAGUGCAUAUGGAGGAGUCCUCGGUGAUGCAGGGUGCCCAGGGGGUUCUGGUCCAAAACUGGCCCACCGUGUCCAGCGCUGCAGAUGGUGAGGGUGGAGAAGUGUCCCCCCCAAUGGGAGCUGGCGUGGACAGCAACAGCUGGCACUUCCGCUAUGGCCCAGGGGGUCCUGGUGCGCCCCCCCAGCAUCUGAAGCCUGGUGAGGUGCCCCCGGAAGCCUUUAUCAUCCCUGGAUCCCCUGCCAUAAUAUCCAUCAGACAGAACCAGGGGGGAGAAGACGACAAGAGUGAUUUCAUCACCUUCGGAAAGAAAGAGGAGGCCAAGAAGAAGAAAAAGAAGAAGAAGGAGAAGAAAGACAAAAAGGAUAAGGGCAAGGAUGAUGGAGAUGAGUAGAGGAGUAAGAUGAGAAAGAAUACACGAGGAAACGGCACUGUUAAAACAGAGGUACCAACCAAAGUCCACUGGGCGAAAAUAGAAUAUGAAAAUGAUUAUUUCCCAGUUGACGUUUAUGGCAUAAUCUCAUUCUUACUAUAUCAAGUUAUUUCUGUAGAGAACCUGGCCUUAUCGAAAUUCCUUUGACCUCCAAUCCCUUACUGAGGUAAAUUAUUAAUCCUGCCUUGAUUUCAGUAAAAUGACUGAUUGAUUUUUGUCCAUGCCCCCCUUGUACCUAUACACCCUGAGAAGGCUCGUGUUGCCCAUUCCCAUCCUAUUUUAAUAUCCUUUCACCCAAUGGACACAUUGGCGCCUCUGUCUUACCCCCUCCACAACAAUGAUGUAUAAACCAUCUCUCUCUGAGAGAACGUGAAUACCAUAUACUACAACAACAAAAUGUUCUGUGCCAGCUAAGGACGAGAAAAAAAAGGAUGUAUCAAGAAAGCAAAAAAAUGAAAGCAGCCACCAGAAACGCAAGAGAGGUUGAAAAAAAAUGGAUGUGAUUUGAAGCUGGACAUACACUACUUGUAAAUAGCACAGAAGGGAGUUACUGAAGCUGAGGCUCAUAUGACACUACCACAGCUUCCUCUGGUGUUUACCAACAGUGUUCCCUGAGAUGGCGAUGAACACACACAUACAUUCACCCAACCAGCCCCAUCCAUGCAUGCAUGCAUGCAUGCACACACACACAUGCAAACACUCUCUCUCUCACACACACACACACACACACACACACUCACACACACUCACACACACAGAUAUGCAAACACAAAAACAUAUACUUAUAGUUAUAAAGUGGACACUGAAAGCACUCAAGACUGAGAGAGAGAGAGAGAGAGAGAGAGAGAGAGAGAG